GAAAGCGGCUGUACCACCGAUAGGCAACACAAUUAAAAAAAUGUCAGUACCAAGUACACCUGGAAAGGAGGAAAUCACUUUAUAUAAUAGUGCUUUAGAAAACCUUACGCUUUCUUCAAUAGUUGGAAAUGAUAGUGCCAACACUACCGCUGAUUUCGAAAGUAGUAUUUCGGAGGAGCAAGUAAAUGGUCCGAAAGAGUCCAGUGUCAAUUUUAUACUUUCAGAGAGUGGAGAGAACUUUGAGAUUGAUCCCAAAUCGAAAUUAGCUAAUAAGACAAUAUUCAAAUCAGAUAAUCCGAAUUUGUCAAUUAUUGAAAUAAAUAAUGAUCCAUCAUUGAAGGAGGGAGAAGGUGAUGUGUUCAUAGUGGAAUCAGAUGAAGGCAAUGACAACCUGCGGCGAAACCGAAGCAAGAACAAUUCGCAUUCCAGCAAAGAAAUUCUGAAUGAAAAUAACACAAAAACGGCGAACUCUGAAACUGAGCAGGAUGACCCGAAACCGCAAUUGGAUGAUAAAGAAAAGAAAAUACCACGAACGAUAGAAAUAUAUCCAACUAUUGAAGAGUUUGAGGCGAAUCUGCCACCGACCGUGUCAGUGCUAACAACUCCUUAUAAAAGCAAAGUAUACUUGGUGGGGACGGCACAUUUCAGCGAGGAAUCACAAGAUGAUGUGUCGUUUGUUAUCAGAAAUGUCCGUCCAGAUAUUGUUAUGGUUGAAUUGUGUGCUUCACGAACACAUAUCCUCAAAUACGAUGAAAAGACUUUAUUAGAAGAAGCAAAAAGUAUGAAUUUGGCAAAGAUACGAAACAUCAUUGCUACCAAUGGAUUCACAAACGGUAUAUUCUACAUCCUUCUCCUGCACAUGAGCGCACAGUUAGCCAAAGAAUUAGGUAUGGCGCCAGGUGGUGAAUUUCGCCGUGCAUUUGAAGAAGUUCAAAAGCUUCCAGGGUGUAUGUUGCAUCUAGGUGACCGUCCAAUCAACAUUACGCUUCAGCGAGCGUUACGUGCUCUCUCACUUUGGCAAACAAUUAAGUUAGUAUGGCGACUGACAUCGACGGAAAGCAUAAGUAUCGAGGAAGUGGAAGAAUGUAAACAACGCGAUCUACUAGAAAAACUCAUGAAAGAAAUGGCCGGUGAAUUUCCGGCAUUCAGUGAUGUGUUCGUUAAGGAGCGUGAUAUGUAUCUAUGCCAUUCACUGCAAGUAGCCGCGUUGCCUCAUGCCCAACCCGACGGCCGACCACGACCUGUUAAUGUUGUUGGUGUUAUUGGAAUUGGUCACGUGGCCGGCAUUACCGAGAAUUGGGGAAAAGUCGAUCCAACGCGGAUACCAGCGAUUCUAGAAAUACCACCGGUUCGAACCAGUACAAAAGUUUUCAAAUACACAGUUAAAUACGGAUUGAUUGGUCUGACUGCAUAUGGGGUAUUCAGAUUCCUCCGACCAAGAUUGCGCGGAUUCUUCUGAUAACGUACACCGGAAAACAUGGAACACGAACGGAUCGAUGGAUACAUAAUACAACCAGAAAAUGCCGACCGAAUUCUUUACGUUUGUAGUUGUAAAUAAAUUAAGAAAACUUUAAAAAAAAAGUAAUCAGACUUGAGUGUUCGUUUUGAAACCUCAUCUGUAAAUAUUUUGAUGUAUUUUAACUGAGAAAUUCAAUAAAAGGAAAGUUAUAAGAAAAUAUAGAAAAAAAACUAGUCUUCAAAAUGUUUCGGCAGAUGGAGAAUCGAUAUUGUGGUCAAAUAUUCUGACUAAAUUUAAAUGAAAUAAUAAUUACUUUUAUUGUUAUAUAUCACACAAGUGGAUUUUUUGUUUUUAUGUAAAACAUGAUGAGAAAAUACAAUAUGGUUAGACAAUAA